GGCUUUGCGAUUGGCGGGGCGGGGCUGGGGGUAACCUUUGCCCGCGAACGGUCGUAGCCGGUCCGGGGCCGUGUCCCGGAGCCGCAGCCUGUGAGCGUCCGGGCCCAUGGAUCGCAGCGAGCCGCCGCCGGAGGUGGCUGAGGGGGAGGAUUUCGGCUACCGGCUCUUCCCGGAGCGGCACAGCGAGGCCAAGCUCAGCUUCCUGACCACCAGCCUCUUCACCUUCAACCACAAGUGCCAGGUGAUGCUGAGGAUCGCCCUGGACACAAAUCCAUACGCUCAGCUUCUUCUUGAUGCCAUGAAGCAGUCAGGCUGCACUGUUUAUAAAGAUCGGCACUUUGCAUGUGAAGACUGUGAUGGGUGUGUCAGUGGAGGCUUUGAUUCUGCAACAUCACAGAUUGUUCUGUGCCAGAACAAUAUUCACCAACAAUCCCAUAUGAACCGAGUGGUUACACAUGAACUGAUUCAUGCUUUUGAUCAUUGUCGUGCACAUGUUGACUGGUUCAAAAAUGUCAAACAUUUAGCCUGUUCAGAGAUUCGAGCUGCUAAUCUCAGUGGAGACUGCUCGCUUGUAAAUGAAAUUACCAGAUUUAAAUUCGGAUUAAAACAGCACCAUCAGACCUGUGUACGAGACAGAGCCAUUCGCUCCAUUUUGGCUGUUAGAAAAGUUAGCAAGGAAACAGCAGAAAAAGCUGUGGAUGAAGUUUUUGACUCCUGUUUCAACGAUCAUGAACCAUUUGGACGAGUUCCACAUAGUAAAUCAGAUGCAAAAUAUGCUUACAGAGACUUUCAGAAUCGGAAUCGAUAUUAUGCAAAUUUGUAAAGAAGAAUGUUACUCAUUUUUAGUGGUGCUGUUACAUUUUAAAUGAAGAAUAUAUACUUGGUACCAGUGCUCAGAGGAAAUUCUGGCAUGUAAACUACAGUUUUGUAUGGAAAGUUUUUACAAAAACCAAUUUCCACUGAUUAAAUUAGAAAUAAUCUGAAUGAAUGAACAAGAACUAUAAACCAUGUAUUCCCUUGCCUGUUUGUCAGUGUUUCUUUUGACUAUAACAUUUUUCAAAUCAUAUAUACAUCUAAGUCCAAGCAAGAACUAGUUUCCAAAAGGUUUCUUUUAUCUUUACCAAAUAAAAUAAUUUUAAGUGUU